UAUCCGCAGAUAGCUAUAUGGUACAAGUUUACUUGACAUUUUGUUACUGAGUUUAGCAACAACAACAACAAAGAGAAAAGUGGGUAAUGGCAAUAACAAAUAGCAAAAGGGCAGGGCCGGAGCAAGGGGCCCUGCACACAACAAAGGAGUUGAACAAAGCAACACCACAAAAACUCAUUAAACUAUGAAGUAGUAAAAACAUUGCAUAUUAACCAUUUAAGCAAUUAACACAUUGACUUUUGUACACAUCAACAAAGAGUUAGUAUAUAAGUCCACAUGCAUGCGCUUUCUGAUCUCUGACCCACAGCACCUUCAUGCAUCUUGCCACCCCCACUUUAUUUGCAGAGUAAUUCUUCACACUACAAUAAAAAAAUUAACAUUUAUACGUACCAAUUAAUACUAAGGCUCCAAUGCAGAUUGAUACGCUGUAGAAGCAGGGUGUCCAGGGAGGGGUUAGUUCUGAGGGGAAUGAGAAACGCACACGCAUGUUGUCCCACUAAAACGAAACAGUAUAGUCAAAUUCGUGGCAUGCACCUAACUCUGUAUCCCUAACCCUAACCCUAUAACCCUAACCUAUAGCUCAUUAUUAACCUUCGUUUCGGGUUGUUUCGUUUUAGUGGGACUAUAUACAGACGCAAGAGGUGAUGAGUGGGUGAAGCUCUGGCCAUACACCUUCCACGUGCAUCAGCAAACUCUGCUUCUGGAAGUCUGGCAUUCAUCACCUCACAAGUAAGCCGGCACUCCAAAACUGUACACAUCGAUUUGUUGUGGUUGAAGUGGGACAUCGAUAGGCCUCGGGGGCAGUGUACAGGAUGGCACCUGCAUGGACCGGGGGUGCUGGAAUCCCGAGCUAAGUUGGCUGAUCCAAACUCAGAAAGUUUGGCAAGCCAUUUGUCGUUGCAUGGGUAUAGAGAGAGAAGGAGAACAUUAGUGCAUCUCUGUGGAUAACAGGUUGUCGGGAAUCCUGCUAGCUCCCUGUAUGAUAAUUAUUAUGGUACAUAAUUUGGAAAGAAGAAAGUAUCUAUUCGAUCUAGGUACCCCAAGUGUUUGACCCUGCGUAUGAAGUCUGGAGUGUGGUCGCUGUCAACAUGUUGAUAUCGGGCACUGUUAGGUUUCCUCCCCAUUUUGUGUUGGGAUACACUGUUUUCAGGUUUCCUCCCCAUUUUGUGUGCAAGUUUCCUCCUCAUUGUGUGUUGCACAAAACACAAAAUAGGGAGGAAACUGACCUGCAUGACAUUGCAUGAUAGCAACAUGUUGACAGCUAAACCAUACACAGGAUCAGAUCGACACUUAGGGUACAAGGGACACACCACCAUUCACAUGACCCUGCCACCUGCCAGGCCAAUCAUACACAGGGUGGGUAAACACAAAGUGGAGCAUGUUUGUUGCGGUUAUAGUUGCUGUACAAGUGCUAGUGGCAUCAGGUGAGCUGCCAGGACCACCAGGGCUAAUGGGACCUAAAGGACAACGAGGGAUUCCAGGCAGAGAUGGCCGUGACGGUCAGCCUGGAUCUGCGGGAGGUGAUGGUCAACCAGGCAGCUCAGGAAGAGAUGGGAGAGAUGGAAUAAUAGGACCACCUGGAUUCAGAGGAGAGCCAGGUCCAGCCAAUGGGCCGCAAGGACCUAGAGGACUGCCUGGAGUGAAGGGGGAGGCCGGCCCUCGAGGGAAUACUGGUACACCGGGACCAAAGAGCGGGGGUGUUGUGUACACAAGGUGGGGAAACAGCACUUGUCCAAACGUGCCUGGAACAGAGCGGAUAUACAACGGGAUAGUUGGAGGGAGCCACUACACUCACAGUGGUGGGGCAGCAAAUUAUCUAUGCUUACCUCUUGAUCCAGAAUACACUCUACCUUUUCAAAGUGGUAUUCAAGGAAACAUGUACAUCUAUGGUACUGAAUAUGAACAUCCAGUCCGAGGCACACAUGACCACAAUGUUCCCUGUUCGGUCUGCCUUGUGGUGAGUCGAUUAAUUGUUCUCAUGAUUCCUGCAAAGACUUCAUGCCCUCAAUACUGGACCAAAGAGUACGAGGGAUAUCUCAUGUCUGAUCAUCACACCCAUAAACGCUCAAUGUUCGAAUGUGUUGACAAAGGACAAGAGUCGGUGCCUGGAGGUCAUGCAAAUACUAAUGGUGCUCUGUUCUACCAUGUUGAAGCUAACUGUGAUACUGGUCUACCCUGCCCUCCUUACAAUACCGAUAAAGAAGUCAACUGUGUUGUCUGCACGAAGUAAACAACAAUAACAUGCACAAUUAAGUAUUAUAUUCUGUGCAUAACGUUUUAAAAGAGUGACUUGUAACAAUUGGUAGAAUGGAAUUGACAUCAAAGCCUGCAUGACACUGCAUGC